GGAGGACAUUUGAAUGCUGGACAGCAAGCUGUGGACAGGAAGCUGUGGAUGCAACUUCUAAAUUAAUCUUAGCAUGAGAAUCAAAUGCAUUCCUAAUGAAGGGUAUUACAGAGCAACACAAAAUCAUAGAAAACUCAGGACAUCCAGUGGGCAUGAGCGGGGAGUUUGCGGAGGCCGUCCUGGCGGGGGACCUGGAGGAGGUUGGACGGCAGAUUGAGGAUGGGGUUUUUUCCCGCGAGGACGUGGACCGUCCGCACGACAAGGAGGGCUGCACUCCCCUUAUCACCGCCUGCCAGCGGGGCCUGACUCGGGCUGUGCACUUUCUACUGGAGUGGGGAGCCGAUGUGACGCUCUGUAACCACAGCAACCAAUCCGCAGUUCAUGUGAGUCAGCCUGCUCUGCAGGGGGAGCUGUUGGUGGCGGUGGCCAGGUCCCUGUCCCCCCAGGCCAAACUGCUGCACGCGGCCUGGCAAGGAGAUCUCCACUCCUUGCAACACCUGCUGGGCCAGAAGGACCUUGUGGAUGUGAACACACAAAAUCGAGAUGGACUGACCCCCCUGAUGCUGGCAGUGAGGGACGUGGACCUGUUUGAAGGACUGGAGGCCCAGAUGUCCUGGGAAUACCGACCCGUAGAGGUGGUCCAGGAACUGCUGGGCAUCCAUGCCGCCCUGGGCGUGCUGGACCACAGGGGGCGCUCUGCUCUACACUACGCCGCACAGGUGCAGAGCGCACUGAGGGACGAGCUCGUCCAUCUGCUGGUGGAAUCUCUCUCGCCGCAAGGACCCGCAACUCUGAGCCUGGGCUAUUUUGACCCUGAAGAGCCCUCCACAAACUCCACCCACUCUCCCCUGGUGCACAGCUUCCUCAUACAGACCUCAUGUAGCACAGAGGACCUGGUGGGGUUGUCAGAAUGUGCCUCCUUCUCUAAGAGCAGGAAAGCCAGAGAUGAUCAGAGGAUCUCUCUCUGCUUCCAGAGAGCUGCAGUGACUCUGAGGGAAAUGAGGCAAGAGUACCAGGAACUGGAGGAGCGAAGCAGUCGACGCACUUCCCUGCCCAGUCUGUGGGACCGGAGCAGGCGAGGGGACAGGCCAUGCCCCCUGGACACGGGACAGGGCCUGCUGAAGACAAAGGGGCGCUCCUGCCUACCCUCGUCCCCCAGGCCUAAAACGAGAAGCGAGCCUGUGCCCCUCAGCCUGCCAGUGCCCCACCCUCCCCUGCUGAGCCAGUCCGCCCCCACCCUGGGGGAGCCGCUGCUAGACUCCGGCUCCCUGCUUCGGGUCCGGGCCCACAUCCACACAAGACUUGGAGGAAGUGAACCUGAAGCAAAAAUCCACGAUCGAAAGGGAUCGUUACCCUCCUUGUACCCAAGACCAGUAAGGACCCCCAAGCUCCUGGCUCCACUGGACAGGGGAGAGAGGGAAGGGGCAGCGCUACCCGGAUUCAAGCAUCCGCUGCCCCUCAAACCUAUCACCCUGUUGCCCCUGGCCUCCGUGUCCAAGGGGAAGAGAGGGAGGCUGUCCAGGAGGGGCUCACGUGGGUCUCCUGGUGCCAGGGGGGGAAGUGAGGAGAGCAGCUCUAGCAGUGUGAGCAGCCAGGGCUCCCUGGACCUGGAGGAGGACGGUGAACAUGCCGGGACCUUGGCGAGCCAGCCAGGGGGCCACACACAGGAGCAUUCUGACACAGGGGCCCGUGAGAACCUCGGCUUGGACCUCUUACAUUCUGUACAGUCCAUUGCUAUAGACUUCAACAAUACUAGCACUAACUACGAGGCUGCAGAUUCUUCUGAGGAGCAAGAGAUCUUUGGAGAGAGCAUGGAGGACAGAACAUCUGUACAAUCUCAUGCUGAGAGAACAGAGUAUGAGCCACUGGCUGGAGACGGCGAGACAGAGUUAACUCGCAUUUUAGUCUCGGAGUCCUCAGAAGAGGCAUACAGUGGUAGAGCCAUUAACAGUGCUACUUGUUCUGAACUCAACAAUGCAGAAAAGGAAAGAACUGUUCCUGAAAAGGUUCCAUGCAGAGGAGAGCCCUCAAAAGGAGAAACUGGAGCUGAGUCAAGAGAGACUAGCUCCUCAGCUCCAGAGAAGAAAAGAGACUCUGUGACAGAAAUCACAGUCAGUGACAACGAUGGCAAAGACAAUUCAGACAUGAAGCAGGUUGGUCCUCCUAGAGUGAACAUCUCAGUGUAUAAGCCUGAGAUACCUUCAGAAGAGAAGAAUAACCUUGUAAAGGCCCCAAAGAUCAAAGAGAAAGGGAAUAGCAUUUCUUUCCCCACCAAUCAGUCCUUCAACAUCCUGGCUCACAAAGAUCACAGUCGGUUUGGCAGGAAGCUCAAAAGCAACCAGAGGAGCACAACCAGACCUGCACAGCUCAAGGCCAAUGUCAGAAAACCUCCAGAUCUCCUUGUUAGUGGGGAGGCCACUGCUAAACCGUGUGUGACCAGAACAUGCACCACAAAGGCAAGCCAGAAAACUAUUGCUCCUCCUCUGCAGCGAAACAGCUCAACUGACAAAUUUAGACCAGUGAGGAAAAGGUCCAGCUCUGAUGCUGAGAGCUUGAAUAAACUUGAAGCUCUGGGGCGAAAGCAACCCCUUCAGAGGGAGCUGAAGUGCACUCGGCAGCCCAAGAAGCCGGGGUCACUGGUGACCCCAAGAGCGAAGUCGGCUGUGGAUUUUGUCACCUACAGCGACAUGUUCCAAGAGAUCAACAGAGGAGAAGGUGGGCCAGCUAUUUAUGAGAUGUUUGCCACCCCAGUGUAUGACAAUCUCCGUGCAUCCACCUCAUGCGCUAGGGUUAGCCCUAGACAGGUGCAAUCUGCUCCACCCAGGAAGCACCAGGGACAUAGGACCUACAAAUGCCUCAAGCCACUGGACACUAAUCGACAAAGAAAAACCCAAAGGCAGAAGUCCAGUUCUGCUAGCAGCAAACACCGAAAGAGGAGUGACGUUCUUUCUAGAGGAAAAUCUCACAAGCCAUCAGUCCGUGAGGAGGAACAGGAGAAUAUUGUUUUUAUAUCUGGACUUAACUGGCACAUCAAGACCACCAAGUCUGAAAUGACCUUCAGUGAAGAAGACAGGGAAAACGCGUGUUGUACAAUGCUGAAAGAGAAGGAGGAGGAACCAAUUCUGUCAGUCAUUGAGGAAGUCCUCUCCAAUAACCCUUCAGAGACACCCAUCCUUCACAGCACACAUGAGGACAAAACCCCUCCCUCUUCACCUGAACCACAUAAUAUAACUGAUUCACAGACAUUAAAAGACCAUCUCCCUCUACAAGAUGCAAAUAAGCAAGGACCAGUUGGGGAAGGUUCAAAAAAUGAUUACGACUGUGAAAAGGCUGGAGACGUGGAUGACUGUGAAUCUUGUUCGCAGUCUUUCCCAAAACAGCCAAAGAUCAACACCUGGACCUCGGGGAGCAGUGACAGGACAGUGUCCCUCAUGUUCAGGAAGUACUUGGAUGUGGCAGGUGAGGGGCCACUGACGGACGACCUUCUGCGGUGCCUGGCUGAGGAGCUGAUAUCAUUGGAGGAGAAAGAUGCGAAUCCCCACCCUGACAAUGGUACUUCAUGCAAAGGAGGAAUCAGAGAUGUUUCACAAUCAGAAACACACCAUCCCCUACCUGAGGGCAUUACUUCACCUGAUCGAGAGUGCAGUGUCUUGGGAUCAUGUACAGAGGACGCCAUCAUGUGGACAAAAGGGGAAGUACUGGGAAGAGGUGCUUAUGGAACAGUGUACUGUGGACUGACCAGCCAGGGUCAGCUGAUCGCCGUGAAGCAGGUUGCCCUGGACGACUCGGACCCGGACACGGCUGCCAGGGAGUACCAGCGGCUGCAGGACGAGGUGGAGCUCCUGAAGACGCUGUGCCACGCCAACAUCGUGGGCUUCCUGGGCACAGGCCUACAGGACAACGUGGUCAGCAUCUUCAUGGAGUACGUGCCCGGCGGCUCCAUCGCCAGCAUCAUCCACCGCUUCGGCCCGCUGCCUGAGAAGGUGCUGGCCCUCUACACCCGGCAGAUCCUGGAGGGCGUGGCCUACCUGCACCGCAACCGGGUCAUCCACCGCGACCUGAAGGGCAACAACGUCAUGCUCAUGCCCACCGGCGUGGUCAAGCUCAUCGACUUCGGCUGUGCCCGCCGCCUCAGCUGCCUCAGCCACUCCACCAGCAGCAGCAGCGAGCUCCUCCGCUCCGUGCACGGCACCCCCUACUGGAUGGCGCCGGAGGUGAUCAAUGAGACGGGCCACGGGAGGAAAUCGGACAUCUGGAGCGUCGGCUGCACGGUGUUUGAGAUGGCCACGGGCCGGCCCCCGCUGGCACACAUGGACAAGAUGGCCGCCCUCUUCUACAUCGGUGCCAGGCGGGGUCUGAUGCCCGCCCUGCCAGGCGAGUUCUCCGAGGAUGCCAGGAACUUCGUCCAAGCGUGCCUGACGAGUGAACAGAAAGAUCGGCCAUCGGCAGAAGAGCUACUGCGGCACCCCUUCAUUCCCCAGAGAGAAAAAGACAGCGGCCUCCUCUUGCAAGACUGACACUGCUCACAGCUCAUCUAAUCACAUUACAGACCCAUCGGGGGAGAUCCCAGCCUCUUGUAAGGCUUAUCACAGCCUAUCACAAAAGCCCUAUGGUCCCUGCCUCUUGAAAGACUGACAUUCUCCGCAACCUAUCUCGAGUCCUCUCUCACCACUCUAAUCGGCAGGAUCCAUGGGCUUGGCUUCCUGCUUAUCAACACAUUUUUCCCUUAAAAAGCAACUUUUAUCAUAUGGUAAAAUCCAGGGAGUGCUGUUGGAAAUAACAAGCAUUUUAAAAUCUUUGCAUUACCAGUUGUAUGAGUGUGCCCUUUGGACCCCAGGGAAAAUAUUCAGUACUUCACUGAUAAGAUGUACGUGUUAAAUUUUAUGAUACCCUGCUGACAGCUAUGAG